AUGGAUUUAGAAGGAUAUUUGGUAGUCGAUAACGAUUCAGAUUUUGAAACAGAGAAACCAAACGAUGCAGACAUGGAUCUCGGGUCUGAUGAAAAAGAUGUUAAUGAUAACGAUGUAAUCAGAAAGGUUUUUGAUACUCCUAAUGGAUUUAAAGACUUGAAGUGUAAUAGUUCUACAAGAGAUGUUAAAAAGCGCCGUAGAGACUUAAGAACCGGCUGCGAAGCGUUUCUUCAGAUUUCAAAAAGUAAAGAUGGGAAAUGGUUUGUGGAUCAGUUUAUCGAUUCACAUAAUCAUGCGCUAACUAUUACUCCAACCAAAGAGCUUGGUCAAUCUGGGUUAAAACCAUGUCAAAUCAAGAAGGUUGUAAAUACCAAGAAAGGUCCAUAUGAAAAUGAUGUUACAUCAAAACAAUGUUCUGAUAUCUUAGCCGAUCAGCGAAAGGAAUACAAAGGUAAGGAGUUUUACGGGCUUAUUAAACAUUUCCAAGAUAAAUUACUAGAAGACCGUAACCUAUAUUUUGUUGUGGAUUUAUUUGAAGAUGGGUCUCCAAGAAAUAUUUUUUAG